AUGGCUCGACCACCACAACUUAAUAAUUUCACGCUCCUAGAAUUGGAGAAUGUUGAAAGCGAACCACAAGAAUGGCCACAAAAUACAGUGAAAACAGAUAUUCUGUUAACUGUAGCAGAUGACAAUGCAUUCCUUGCUUGCUAUUCACGUAUGGAAGAAAUUCAACGACGUUACUUGCUGAAACUGGGAAUGGUAGAUUUUGGUCAAUUUAGCCAUGAAAAUGGUCGGAAUGUGAAAGUCGCAUUGAUGAGACAUGGAAAGGGAGCGAGCGAAAUUCAGACGGCUGAAGUGAUAAAUGCUGUCAGAGAUUUGCGCCCUAAAGUUGCCCUUUUGGUCGGGAUCUGUGAAACCAUAAAACCGGAAAUAGCAAAACUUGGUGAUGUUGUGAUUUCUUCGAAAUUGGCAACUUAUCAACUUCAAUUCAGACCUGACGGCACAGUUGAAUAUUGUAGCUCCAAAAUGGAUUUGAGUCGGAAUAUGGAAAGAUUGAUUCUGUCUGCGGCUGAUGGUUGGAAACCACCAUUAAAAGAACCAAAUAGUUUUAAAGUCAAAGUUCAUCAAGGUUUGAUGUUAAGUGGCUCAAAUUAUAUUGAAAAUCCUGAAAGAGUAAGAGACUUACAAAAAAAAUUUCCAAAUGCACUUGUUAUUGAAAUAGGGGGAAAAGGUAGGUAGAAGCUUCCUACCACUUAGUGCAUGGUUCUGCAUGUGUACUCCACACCAGAAAGGCUUAAAGCCAGUGAAUAAAUAUGUCAACUGGUUAGAAAUUUUUCACAUUUUUAGCCCGAAUGUGAAAGGCUCAUAUGCACAACUUGGCUGCUAAAUACAUCAGCAGGAGGUAUAUAAAAUGAUCAGGUCUUCUCAUCGCAUCAAGUGUUUUUUUUAUUUUGUGCUUAAAUUUUAGGUUUAUAUGCAGCAGCAUGUGAUCUUAAGAUGGAAUGGGCCAUUAUCAAAGGUGUAUCAGAUUUGGCGGGUGAAAGUGAUUUGGAAGAGGUGGCGAAACUUUGGAAGCAAUUUGCUAGUGUAAUGGCGGCAUCUGUUGUACACCAUAUGUUCAAAUGGCCUGUUGUGCUACAAGGCUGGCCUCACUACGAAGAAGCAGAAGACACCCAAGGUAUGGAGUCAUUCUUCUUUACCGGAAUGAAAUUGGAUUUUUAAAAAUAAAUUUAAUUAAUUGUCCAAAUUUAUAAUUUUGCCUUAUUCAUUUAUUUAUUUCUCCCUCUUCAUUUGUCCCAUUUCUCAUUCCAUCAAUCAUCCUUUCAUCCAUUCAUCUUUGUGCCAUUCCAUCCUUUUAUUUUUUCCCUUCUAUCCCUCCAACCAGAGAUUUUACCUUUCAUAAUAUUCCCUUCAUUCUUUCAUACAUUUCAUCCAGUGGUAAAAUAUUGGGCCUCCCGUUGGAAAAAUUCUGACCAGUGCAAGCAUGUGCAUUAUAUUUUCAUUUCUUGUAAUGGAAAUUUUAUAUCUUCCUAUGUUUUAAAUGGUCUGGAUCGUUAUGUGUUAAAUGGUUAUUUAAAAUCACCUAAACACAUUAAAAUAGCCCUCAAAAUGCUGAAAAAAAAUUGAAUAGAAUUUAAAAAUUUUUGUGGGGAGCAUUACCCCGGACGCCCUUAAAAGUUCAUUGUACUAUAUUCAGAGCUUUCCUCUGGGGGCGCGCAGAGAACUUAUAAGCACCCUGAUACUAACGACUAAUAAUCGUGCGUGCAGUUUUCUGAGUUGGAAAGCCCUGUAUAUUUUGCAUGGACAUCAUGGGAAGCCAAAUACAUUCUCACAAACACACAACUUUGUUCAAACUAGCGCAGGGUAAAAUUGCUUGGGCCCCUCCCUGGAUUUUUUGCCCCCCCCUGACUAAAAAUUCUGGCUACGCCACUGAUUUCGUCUGUGUUUCCUUAUAUUCAGAUGACUAUCAUUUGUCCUUUUCAUCCUUUUUUUUUUAUUAUAGCCUGUGUAGCGGCUGGUUUUCCUCCUGGCUGGUUAAUUUUGCAGGUUGCAGGUUCGCAAUUCCCUACAUCCAGAUGAUAAAUGAGAUCAGUUACUGAUCUCCACUUCCGGUUUUCAUCACAAACAAUAACUUUAUUGAAACAAAAAUACCAAUACUGGUAUAUAUAGAAUACAGCAAAUGUCUAUUAUAAGCUAUACUAGAAAAUACAUGCAUGCAGAAACCCUCGCCUUGCUGACAAAACUAUUAUGUUUUCUAAACACGAAGAAUAGUCAUGGUAACAUGAUAAUUUUGAGAAUAGUUUUAAAAUUGAAAAAUCCCCCCAAAAUGAUCAAUUAAAUUCCCAAACAUGUAUAUGCUAGGUAUGUUAUUAUACAUAAUAUAAGCUUCAAUUUAAUGUAAAAAUCAACCACAAACGCUUCGCAAAACGUUUCAAAAUGUUCUUAAAACUAAACUGCCUUUUAUCGGUAAACAUUGAGUUUCAAAAUCAAAAUAAAUUGAUUCUUGCAUGAAAAUAACUCGCCGUCAUGCCACAGAGAAUGCUGAAAACCGGAAGUGGAGAUCAGUCACUGAUCUCAUUCAUCGUCUGGAUGUAGGGAAUUGCAAACCUGCAACCUGCAACCUGCAAAAUUAACCAGCCGUUUUCCUCCCCCCAAAAAACUGGCAGCUACACAGGCUAUUCUUAUUACAAUGCUGUUUAUAGGGUUUGUAAUCCAAGUGAGUAUAUAUAGACUUUAAUUUAAGACCUGACCAGGAACGACCGUGAAAAAGUGCAGCACAAGGUCCUCUGGUAGGAAUUGAACGUGCGGCCCUGCGAUUCCGGUGCAGCGCUCUAACCAACUGAGCUACAGAGGCCAGCUGUUGAGCUGUAACCGUAAGUUCAUGUAUUUUUAGGUGAUUGGGUGUGCAGGUUGUGAUAAGGUGGACUUUUCCUUUUCCUCCAUCAGGGUUCGAAUUAGCAAUGUGCAAUUUGCACAUCGUUUUGGACCAAAUAGUGAAAACUGCACAUCACUAAUUUUCCGAACGAUGUGCAAAAAAAUCAGACUGGGACUAUUUUCUACAGGGUAUUGUGAAAAAUACUGUUUCCAGAAGGGUUAAAAAUCAUAGAAAUUAUAAAUAACACUAGAGGGAGCAUCGAGGAUCAAAUUUGGGAGCGCGGUAAUGGGGGCAAAUUGAAAUCACGGAUAAACACCGCACAGUUCUUGGAUUACACUUGAAACCACAAACAAUUAAAACAAGAGUCACCAAACUGGAUGUUUUAUAUUUUGAAUUCAAACGACGAAUUUCCUCUUGAAAAGAUCAAAAUUGCUGACAUCAGCAUUAUUUUGGAGCGCUCUCAAAAGUUUGUUAUAGACAAAAUUGUGGUAAAAAUGCUUGGUAAAAAUCAAAACUGACUACUUAACUGCCAUAAACAAGAAUUUAGAGAUUUGGCUCAAACUCGCUCUUAUUUUAGCAUUUUAAUUUUUUGGCCCCCAAUAGCCGCGUUCCCUUUCUUUGACUGAAUUAAGAUUACGAUGCCCGCUCUAGUGUUAUUUAUAAUCUCUAUGUUAAAAAUGCUCUUCCAGAGGGGUUUCAAGUCUCUUCCAGGGGUCAAUUGCACAGAUUUUUAUUCAUUCCAGGGGCCGCGGUUGUUCAGAGGUGGGUUAGCACUUUAACCUGCUGUUUUAGUUUGCGUAUUUCUGCACGUCUGUUUAUUUCAAAACUUCAGAGAAGUAAACUCCUGUUGACCCCAACAAGAUUUCUGAAGAAAUAUUUCCUAAUUUAUAGACAAGCUGUCAGGAAGUUUGCUUUGAAUUUUAGGUUAACCUAGGGUUAAGCUGAUCGCCUUUUGAACAACCGGCCCCAGAGGGGUAAAAAUCCCCAAAAGCAGAGGUCCUCAACACAGGGAAGGGUUGCUUUUUAAAAGUAAUAGUCCAUUAAACAAGUUGGUGCAUGACAAGAGCUGCAUUUGAUCCAAGCCUAACUUCAGUUGCAGAUGAGAAUCCACGUACUUCCGUACAAGAAGCACACUCGCGACCGCCGUCGAUGCCACGACGACCGACCAGGUUUGAACUUUAUGAAAGAGAAUCUUCCGUUAGUGGAGGCUCCGAUGUCAGCAGACGACCUAGCGGCUUUGAACGAAGGUGUGUGCUUGUAGUACAUUGAGCUUUUACGCUCCUAGAAAGUUAUAAAGGAAACAGUGGGUCAAUCCCGAUUUAUUAGCAGGAUCCGCGGAAGAACGAGGCCGGAGACAACUCUAUAGCUUCUUUUCCAUUCAUUGCAAGAGUGAACUUGCAAACUGGAUUUCAUCACAAUGCUCGACAUUUUGUUUUUAUUGGAUACAAACACUCGCAUCAAGCUUGCAAGUUGUUUUUUGUGAUUUUGUUGAGACUUAAAUUGUGACCGAACCGAAAUUAUCUGGUUUUGAGUUCGUCCUGGUCUCAUGUAAAUGUGACAUCGCUUUCUUUUGAACAAUAUGAACACAAUUUAUUAUUACACUGACCCGAAAGGUCAAGUGUCUUAAAUCCCUAAUUUUCUGUUUUCUUCGUCGUCGAGAAAGCGCAUCGCAGGCUCAGGGUGCAACGAUUAAGCCAAAAUGCCAUCGAUUCAAAUGCCAUCGAUUCCCCGACUAGCCCGCGUGCAGGCCCAAGGGAGCAGGCUCAAGGGAACUUGAUAGUGGGCCUGCAAGCAAGGCCCGGUAUUUUGUACUUUCCGCGUUCGCCCACGAACGCGGCAUUCUGAUUGGCUGUUUGCUUUUGGAUUCUAUAAUUAGGUCAGUGAUUCAUCACAAAGGCAUAGACAAAGGCUCUCGAUAAGCUUAAAAUUCGAAAAUUGAUCACUUUUUUCGAUUACAAAUGAACAAGAACAGACUGUUUAUUGUUUACUUGAAGGAAGAGAUGUUUUUGCCGUUAUGCCAAUGGGGAUUGCUUGUCGUAAGGUGUUGGAAUAGCAACAUUACGACUGGGGUAAACUCUAGUAUACCACAGAGCCUUUAAUACACUUGAGUUUCAUUAAUUUCAAACAGACUUGAUACGUUAUAUGUUCCCCAAGAAAAUGAUAUUUUGGUUGAUGUUGAGAUUCAGUUGCAUGUAAGCCUAUUCAAAACACUUUGCGAUUUACAAGGCUUCGCUGAGAGAGCGAAACGAAACAGGUAUUAAAUUGCCGUUUGAAACGAAACGAUCUGGACUCUGAACGCUCUCUUCUUUUGUAGAGUUAUUUACCAAAUGAAAUAACUAAAAUGAAUUUCGUGCUUUCCGCCGCCAACAAGAAUUGCACACACGAUCUGAUAAGUGAGACAAUUUAUUUAUAACAAUGGCGACAGCGAAGCACACAUAAUAUAAAUGCUGAUGUGGUCGCACGACUUCCCUCACGAAUUGAAGUUUGAGACUGGUUUUCUGUUGAAAUUCGUCUUAAUUUGCCUGUUCCGAUUUUAGUUGAAAAUGAGUACCGGCAAAUUUGUCAAUUACUGACGGCGUUGCUUGCUUUUUUGGAGUUAAAACGCAAGCCAUUUAGACAUCGUUUAUAUUCUGAAUAAGCAGAGAAAACCCCGCAACAUUUUAAUGCGAGUUUGUUUGUUAAUAUUUGGGUGCUGUCAUUGGUUCUUUUUUGACAAUUGACGCGCGAAUGGGGCGUGUUAUGAAAAGGGGCGUUUUAUGAAAAGGGGCGUUUUAUAAAAUACCGGCCCUUGCUUGCAGGCCCACUAUCAGUUCCCUUGGGCCUGCACGCGGGCUAUUCCCCGACUGCUUGAUUUAAUUUUUAUAGUAACAAGCUCGUAUUUAUGUACCUAGCAGCCGGUUCAUGCCAUGCUUGUGGUACAUCUUUCUUUAUUAGCCCAUACACUUGUACACACGCGCACAAUUGCGAACUCCAAGGAUAGAGCUCCAGUGACAUAUUCAGUUCAGUUUCAAAAUGGCGGCUUGUCACUGAAUAUAAUUCACACAGUUUCGUUGAAUUUUUAAAGAAUUGUGCCAAUUUCCUAUGGAUUUACGUUGUGUCACACUCUGGACUUUCUUGCGUGUUGAAUUAAUGUGUUUUUCUUUGUGUAACGACUCGAAAACCGCAGAAUUUGGACCCAGCGAAUUUAUGUCAAACUGUUCUGCAGGGCCGUAGCUAGAACGCUAAUUGGGAGGGGGGUGUAUAUUCAUAUAUUCGUGUUCUGCCCGACGGAUUUCUUUUGAAAUCGAUUGUCUUUAUGGUAUGUGAACAUGAAUAUAUGAAUAUACAAACCAUAAGAGUAUUGUCUAGCUACGGCCCUACUUUUCUACGAACUCUCUUGCUCCCCACUCCCUUGUCUAUUACACCAUAGCGCGUAUGUCCUCAUUUUCAAGCAGAUCAGUGUGAACGCCUGACCGCCUAGGCGUCUUGUUUUAUUUCAGAUAUCGAGGAGGUGGCCGAGGAGGAUAUGAUGGCAUGCGAAGCGGUAGAGAUGAUUCAGGAGGGUUUGGAGGUAGCGGAAUUAGUUCCGUAGUUCCCCGGAAUUACGACAUCUUUACAUACAGACAGACAGACAGACAGACACAGACAGACAGACAGACAGACAGACAGACAGACAGACAGACAGACAGACAGACAGACAGACAGACAGACACUGAAGACACAAAUCGAAAUCUCGAUCGACUGUACAUAACUCGGCCAAAGAGACUGGGCACAAGUAAACGCAGGCACGCAAUACUUCAUGUUAAGAAUAGUGUGCUGCCUUCGGCAGCAACAAACACAAAAACAUAACUGAUGCCGUGAUGCGCUAGCUUUAUAAUGAACGAUAACAUUGACUGCAAUUUCAUGCAUACCAGCUUCAAUUAAAGUGAAUUAUCGAGUUAAGAAUGGCUUAAAAACUUCGCAGAUAUGAAUGAAACCGACAACACAAAGCAAGUACGGCAUGGCAUUUUACUACUGAAAUGUUUACACUUACCCAAACCGGCACAACAACGAUUAAAUUAUCAAAGAUAUCAACAUCAAAACAUUAAAACAAUUAUUAUACAAACUUUGUUUCACGGUUGAACAGCCACUAAUUCAUGAAACUGCAGGCUUAUAUUUCCAGUUAAAAUCGAGGAAAAAAAAGUGUUGUACUUUCUUAAACUUUUUAACGAAAUGUAAAACAAAACAUUGCUUGUAAAACAGCAAAAUACGUCCAUUCAAAAUGAACAGCAAUUUACUUCGGCAGAUUUUGUACUCGCGCAUGCGCAUAACGUCGAAAACCGUCCAUGACAUAAACAAAAUGGAGGAUAACUUUGAACUCCGCUAUGUUUUCACAUACCCGGGUAUAAUUAGCCGUGCGGAAUUAGUACCCUCGCACGGCGCUUCGCGCCGCCGGCUCGGGGAUAAAGAGAUAAUUUUGAAGGGUCUGUACCAGUGUAGGUAGUGGCAAUAAUAAGAAAGCUUUGGAUUGAUACAACUAUCUGAAAAAUACAAGGAGAUAUAAUUAUAAAGAUAAACCUUUAUUAUGUGAACUGUAGUGUUUUGACUUUAUGUGGUUUUUCACUGGCAAAGUUUUAUUAAUAAAUUCACGUGGAGUGUAAACAACUACCAGAGAUGGCAAUAUAGAAAAUCUCAGUAAGAAAUAGUUAAUUGAAUUGGUUCCAAUUGAGAUAUUUACAUAAUACAUCUGUAGUAAUCUUCAGCCGGCCUUCCACUAGGCGAAUUUGUUCUUGCGAAGCCUUUUUCAAUUUUCACGCUCGGUUUAUCCGCCAUUUUGGGCACUGUGUCUUCCAAGUCUGCGAGUGCAGGCACUGCAAAAUACCACAUUUUGUCACUGCAGUUGUUUGUAUAAUGGUGAAUUUACAGUUACAACUUUGAAAAGUGACUUUUCACAUUGUUUAUUAAGGCACAUUUCCACUGAAGCAAAAUUUCCACGGACAGAGUCCAAAAAAAAGUUUAAAAUUUUCAACUUCAAAAUUUUUUCCGGCCAAUCACAUUUUACAAAAUUUUCCAUAACCGUUUAUCUCUUCUCUUUUUCAGGUUCUGGAAAUAACUUUGACAGCAACGCGGCGGCUGCAGGAUUCAACGCCGUACCGGGUGCUAUUGCUUUUAACACCGGGGGCAGUGGUGAGGCGACCAACAGCUUCGGCAAUAUCGGUUCGGCGGCAGCGAGUACCGGCUACGGUGGGGGAUAUGGUGGAACCCAGGCGAACGCCAUGGGUAACUCUGGCUUCUUUGAGGAUUCAGAAAAUGAAGCAUUUGUCAAUCAGUCCGGGGGGAUGGCGAAUCAAGUCGUUCAGUAUUACAUUGAAAACGUCAAUUUGGGAACGUCAAUUUCCCAGGAGGGUAACCAAUGA